AGUAACAUAUUUUAGACUUUUGUAUAUACAAUAAUAUAUUAUCUAAAUUGAAUAAACUUAAAAAAAUAUUAGUAAAAAGAAAUACAGCUUUGAAACACGGGUCAGAAUUUAGCAUAAAUUAAAUACAAAAUAUUUUCAAAUAUGUUUUUUCAUGAAUAUAUUAAUUUGCUUAAUAACUAAAUGCAAAUACAAUAAGAUAAAUAUAUAAUAAGAAGUAAAAAUACAUAUGGUUUUAAUCAAAUGAUUGAUUAUAACAUGUAAAAUAUAAUAUUAUUAUAUUUGAAAUAGUUAUAUAAACAUUUAAGUAUAUGAUUAAUGUUAAAAAAAUAUACCACUAAUGUUUAAAAAUAAUAAUUUAUGUAUAAAAAAAGUAAAAACAAACACCCGCGCGGUUGCGCGGGUCAAAAUCUAGUUUUAAUUAUUUUAGAAAAAAUAAUUCGUAUUAUUUUUUAUUAAUUUUAAAAUUUAUGAACUUACCAAUUAUAGUUUUAUAUUAUACUGAAAAUAUUGUCAUCCUGUUCCUCUAAGUUCUUGAAUUUAAUAAUCCAAGUUUUAAAAUAGAUAUAUCCUAUAUAAGAUGUUGUUUUUUACAUGUCACACUCACAUUCUUUUCACCACAAUCAGUUGCCCCCAAUCAGUUAGAUACUCUUAAUAAAUCAGGAUUGGACUUAUUAUUGCUAAUAAUUAAUAUUUUGUUUCGAUUUCCUUUUUCAGUUAAUAAAAUUCUUCAAAUUUGUUUUGGGAAAAAAUAAAAAAGGAAAAAAAUCUUAAAAUAUCUGUAAUUUUUUUAAGAUAAUCUUUUUAAUACAUUUUUAUUUUAACUUCUUUUUGGUAUUUUAUAUUUUAUGUAGAUUUGGUGACAUAUUUCAACUAUGUAUGUUUUUUAACGCUGGAUUAUUAUGAUAUUCGAACUAUGAGAAAUACUUACUGAAUAUUAUACAAUCGACAAUUAUACUAACUGCAAUACUCGAGUCGCCAAGUGAAAUCUUCGCUUAAUUAACUGUAUUCUUUACACCAUACUGUAGAUUUUUAUAAAUUUUUCCAUUAAUAUACAUAAUUUUUUUUUUAUGAAAUCGAAACUCAAAUUUUCUGAUGUAAAAAUUACAAUGAACUUUAAAUCAAACCAAUGGACCGAUGGAAUUUCCAUAGCGAUGUAUGAUUAAGAGCAUCUCCAAAAAAGAACUCUAUUUUAAAGUUUCUAAAAUUUUAUAUUUGAAGUUUAAAAGUGUUUUUCUCUAAAAGCAAAACUUCAAACUUAAUUUCAAAAGUGACCAACAAUGAGUAGCCGAUCAGUUUAUUUUUCUGAUCCAAGAUUUCAUCAAUAAUUCCAUUUUCUUUUUGCAGGUGUUACUUCAAUUACCGUUAUGCACUAAUGUAUGAGAUGUCACCUUUUAAUAUAUUUGGUUCCCAAAAUUUAAUCAUCUCUACACGUUGUAUAAAGGAAUGCCGCAGUUACAAUCUGUAUCAUUUUCUCAAAAAGAAAAACAAAAAAACAAUUACAAUCUGUAUCAUGAUAUGUCCAUGGUUGCUAUGGUAAUAAUGUCCAUGGAUCUUGUAUUUUGUUUAUUGAUAUUAAAAGAAAUUACAGACUAUUAUGAUUAGAUAUCAAAUGUGUUUGAUUUUUUUUUUUUGACAUCAAUAUAAACAAACUCAACCAAGACUCUACAAACCAUAACAGUAACUCUGCAUCCAUAUGAACGUUAAACAACAAUUGCUACCUAGCAGUCCAUGCAAGACUGUCCGUCCUUUUAUUAUGCAUCCGGGGUAUAAGAAUGAGCUUUGAAUGAUUGAAACUUCUCUUUAGUAUCUUGAUAUCUACCAAAUAACUUGCAAAAACAUGCUAUUUUUCUGGUUCCGAAACCAUCUUCACCAUUUGAGAACAAUCCGUUGCAAACGUGACGUGAUACUGCCUUAAAUUUCUCAUUGCCCAAAUGAGGGCUUCAACUUCCGAAUGAAGUGGUGAUUAAUAAACUUGCCAUUGUGUUUCUUGCACCCAUUAAUCCAUCAAAACCUUCAAGAGUACUAUACCAUCAUUGUCCACAAUGAAUAUUAUUUUCUUUCCAUGACCCAUCCAUGAAACACUAUCUCUCCAGUAUGUUAGGUAAGACUGGUAACUCCACUACCCUCGUUUGUGUAAACCUCUCAGUUAUCGAUGCUUGAGCCUUCCUCCAAAUCAACAAUUCAGUUUCUGCCAAUUUUAGUGAAUCUCUUGGAUCAAUGUCUAUGUUACUAAAAACCUUGUUGUUUCUGGUCUUUCAAAUAUACCAUAAAAUCUAUAUAAAAUGGUGAUCUUUCAUAUGCAGAAAUACCCUCCAGUACAUAUAAUCCAUGUUUAUGUAGAGCGAUUGUGUAGGAAAUUUUGUGGAUUUGAAAGAAUCCUUGAUAAAACCCAUACUUGAACUGUUGGUGGAAAUUCAAAGAACACAUGAUUUAUUGACUCUUCAGCCGCUCCACAUUUUGCACAAUGUGUAUCCCUUUGAAUCCCUCUUGCUCGCAAAUUUUUGUUACUGAAAUACAACCUGAUACUAUAUGCCACAAAAGGUGUUUUAUUUCAGGAACAUCUUAUUUUCCAGGAGAAGGCCUUUAGAGGGGUAACAUUUGGACCAUAUAACGGUAAUGUUUCAUCUCCAUCCGGAUAAACCCGAUCUACUUGAUAACCAGAUUUCACUAUAUACCUGCUAUUAUUGGUGAAAUGUCAUCCAUCUCUGUCAACCAUGUGAUACUGACUCAAUGGUAUACUCUCUAUAAUUUUCCCAUCAUGUGCGUCCACCAUGGAUCGGAUUGCUUGAAUACUCCACGUACUUGAAAUUGCAUGAAAAAUCCGCAGUAAAGUCCGCGUAAAAAUUACUAGUGAAUUGAUUGUUGUUUGCUGGUCUCAGAUCAAAUGUGUUUGAUAGUAAAGCUACAUGAGCUAUGACAGGAAGACCCAAGCAAAACAAUCAUUCGGUGUCAUCUAUAGCCACCUAAAAAACCUAUAGAUAAUCAUCAAUAAUCAUCCGUAUUUUUCGACAAUGAUCUUAAAGAAGUUAAGAGUCACGGAAAUCUGUUGGCAAGCGAAAGUGGUCCACCUCUAAUAUCUGAAAUCCCCGUUUACGUACUAGAUCAUUUGGUCCAAUAAAUAAAGAAACUUGAUAUAAUUUUAAAACUGAUACAAAUAAAUGAAACAGAAAACUGAUUCAAAAUCUUAAAGGUUCAUAUAUACGCAAAACUUCUUUUAAUCAAUCAUGACGCUAAGCCAAAAAUAUUUUAUAUGCUCUAUCAAGCUCAUCCGAUCCUUUAGAAAGAACACACUUAGCCAAAUACUUCUUCUAUUUGUUUCUUGACUUUUUUUAGUUUCUGUCUUCAACUCUUCUCUUUCAACGUAUAAAUGAUACCAAUGACUGAAACCAUCUACAGCAAGCAACUAUUUUAGGUACAAAGGGGAAGAACAUAUAUGUCUACAGACUAGCACACUCAAAUAAGAUAUGAAAAUAAUAUAUUGUAGGCCAUGUGGAGCAAAUGGCUAUUGAUCUAUUUCGAUCACUGAACAGUAGUAUGUUGUAUAUUCAAAACUCAGUCAUAACAACAAUUGCAAUCAUCGUCAUCAUAAUCACAUGCAAAGAUGUACUAGUCAAAUCUUAUCCAAUGGCAUAUAACUUCUUCAAAUUAUUGAUAGAGCUGUAUUUACAAAAUAUAUAUAUAUAUAUACACACAUAAAAACCAUCUCUUUACUCAUAGUUUCCAGCAGUACGGCCCCUAGUUUAAGAGCAAAGGAAAAUUCUACUUUAGGACUUGGAACUUAUUAUACGUAAUGUUUUCAUAUAUAACUAUCAACCAUUUCAAGAACUGGACCCACUUAGCCUGACCAGGUCACACUAUUCACCACUUCGAGGCUCUAAUUAAAUAUACAUACCCGACUUUUAUAUUGGCAAUCAUAUAAACACAUACAUUAUAUAGUUUUUUUUUCUGAAACUACAUUAUAUAGUUGCAUGCAUUCUCCUUAUAUAUAUGUAUGUUUACAUAAAUAUGAGCUAAGCCAUGUGAGCCAGAUGGAUGAUGGAAGGGUCCAACAGCGCACAACUUUUUUUUUGGGGGGGGGGGGGGGGGGGGGGGGGGAUGUUUUGGUGAUAGAUAUAUCGCAUCUUACUGCUAUUUUAGCAUUAAAGUCUUUUCAUUAUCUUGAAGUCACAUGCUAGCUUUAAGUUCACUCCUAUAAAUAGAAAUUUCUUCUCCUCCUUGUCUAUCAAGUCAAAGCAAAUCUUCAAAUCACAAUCUAUGAGGAACAAAAACGGACCACCAUCAUCAACAACAACUUCAGGGCUUGUUCCUAAAGGUCACGUAGCCGUUUAUGUUGGGGAAAGAAUGGAGAAGACAAGGUUUGUGGUUCCGAUAUCAUACUUGAACCAUCCUUUGUUCAGACAGUUUCUUAAUUGCGCGGAGGAAGAGUUCGGAUUUCAUCACCCAAUGGGUGGUUUGACGAUUCCUUGUCGAGAAGAAGCGUUUCUUCAUCUCAUCAGCUGCACUGAGGAACAAAAUUAUUAAUAUUUAGUAGUCUUAAGGGUUUUGAUGAAACUUUGUUUUCUCUCUCUCUCUCUAAGGGGAGAAUUAUAGGAAACUUACUUGUGUGUAUACAUCGGAAUAAGAUACUAAAAGUUGUACUAUAGUAUUCAUAUUCAAACUAUUAAAAGGUCAAGAUGCAGAGGGUGGCAACUUAUCAAAAAAAAAAAAAGAUUUAGAGGGUGACUGCAUUCUAAGCUUUAAAGGUUGUGCAUAGGAGAUUUAGAUCUCUUUUUAUUUUCUUACCAAUUUGUUGUGUGUAAAUGCUUAAUAUAUUGGGAACAAAUAUAUAUAUUUGAAACAUAAUAUCUGCUCUCCAACUUCAAAACUACAAUUUAGAAUACCGAAGAUAAUAUGUUGAGCUGUUUCGAUAAUGUGACAUCGUAAAAAAAAAGGGUGACAUCGUUAGAUGUUAUAGUACUGCCUCGAAUAUUACAUUUACGAAAUACAUUAUUUUUUUGUUUUUUUGGAACACUACAUUAUUUUUUGUAUUUUCAUUUCUUUGCAAUCAAAGCAUUGUAAAUAGUCUCUCCCAUCGCGAAUCGAACAAAGAAAUAGAUUAUUGUAAAAAUGGAACGUUUUGUAUAAUGAGAAAUCUGUAUCACAUAUAUAUAAGUACAUUUAUUAAUUUACCAUAGCCAGCUGACUUACAUUAUAAAUACAGUAUCCUAAAACUAUAUAUAAGACUUCAAACUAUAUUUAAAGGAAUGGUGGAUCACAUGCACUAUGAAGAAACUAAAAUGGGUUGUAAGUAACGAUUACUAUAAUAUGUAAAUCAAUGUUAACAAAUCAGAAGAAGACAUAUUAGCGUCAAAUAAACGCAUAAUAUAUAUUAAAAAUAAGUGAAACAGUAUUGAACAAUUGUUUUAGUGAAAUUUAUCAUGAUAAAAAUGUAAAUCAUAUCUAAAUGAUUGCACAUUUAGAUUUUCAAGCACAUCAUGUUACUCUACGUUGUUAGGAAGAGAUAAUUGUCAAAAGUGUCUAUUUUCAUCAAUGACAAUGAGGAAACUUAUUUCUGUUGUCUAUUCAUCAUAACGAAUAUGACCACACCUGUUUCAUGUAACGGCCAGAGGUUUCAAUUAAGUGACAAAGAAAGCAUGUGAUUCCUGUAACUUAGGUGGGCCCUAUCUGGUUAUAUUCUUUAGUCACUCAUAGAAAUCAGAAUCAGCUUGAUGCUCUAGGUAAACCCUAGUUUUUAUUAAGAAGAUCCCAUGUGAAACCCUUCACUUUUAAAUACAACAAAAAUUUAUUGUAUCAUUAAACACAAAUUCGAAAUUAGAUUCCUUAACCUAUAAACUACUCUAUAAAUAGCAACUAACACACAACUCCACCAAAAAAAAUAAUCUUUCUCCGUUUUCAUAAAACAUAUUGUUCUUAAUUACAGUCUCUAUAGAAACUCUUGGUGUAGACAUGGUGGCUAUUCGAUUGUCGUGUGUUACCAACUCUAAACAGUCCCAAAAACAGCAAUUUCGGGUUCCAAAAGGACAUGUUGCGGUUUAUGUCGGAGAAGAGAUGGAGAACAAUAAGAGAUUCGUGGUUCCCAUUUCGUAUUUGAACCAUCCUUUGUUUCAAGGUUUGCUUAAUCGAGCAGAGGAAGAGUUCGGUUUCAAUCAUCCCGUUGGUGUAUUGACGAUUCCUUGCAGAGAAGAAACAUUCGUAGGUCUUUUGAAUUCUUAUGGUUGUAUUGUUUCAACUUGAGCAUCUUUUUUUUGGGAACCUCAGAAAUUUCUUUGAUUUUAUUUUCUUUUCUAUUUUAUAGAUUUUUUUGGUUGUUCCUUUUGUUUAUUUAUUCAAAGGAGAACAGCCUGCAUCAACAUGUAUAUAUUUUGUACUUCCACAAAAACAUUGAUAUAAAUCAUGUUUGCGAAGAUAAUCUUGUUAUAUAAGUUCAUUCGGAAUAUACCUUUAGCUUGACAGCUGAUUUAAACCUGACAGCACUUGUAAGGAGUCUCUACAAUAGGUUUUUAAACUUCAAAACAUAUUACAUAUUGUUAUACAAAAGUUAUUUUAUAAAGUUAGAGAACAAAUUUUAUGCGUCACGCUGAUACCGGUUCCUAUCGUCUUGCAUUUGGUUCCAUGGUUGUUCCCAGCGAGAAUUCCGAAACCUUGAUCUUUCUUCCUCCACUCUGCUGCUGGUACGUAGGAUGAAGGCCUCUUGUUUCCUCUUUCCGGAAACUUUACCCAUUUAGUAUCUGGUUCCUCGUACAUUUUUCCCUUGCCUUUUCCAUAGUAGCCUCUCUAAUCUUUGAGAUUUUCUUGAUUGCUCACGUCACCAUUGAUCACCGCUCCUUUGUAGCUCCUUGCACGAUCCUCUUUUCGGCUUUUUGAUUCGUCCUUGGUUUCUUUCUUCUUAACAGGAGUCUUUGGGUUCAAAGGACAAUGAUCCUCAUCAUGACAGAGCUUGAAACAUAGCUUACAGAACUCAAACAGUUUCUCAUAAAACUCACAGCUCUUAAAAUCAACAGUUGCAUCAAAACAUAGCUCUUUAGUGCCAUCUAUCACGACUCUCAUCUUGCCAUAAUCCAGAUCAACAACAUCUGUUGUAGAUAGAUAAAGGAUCCAAAGCCCAAAUAUUAAUUAACUUUUCAACAGUAGACCCUUUCGGUUUAUUUUUCAGUUAAUUCGAGGAAUAGCAUUUAAUUUAUUAUAAAUUUAUAUACAUUAUAUAUAUACCAUAUUUAGUUAAUUUAUAUAAUAAUCCGACAAUUUAUUUGCAUUUGAUACACACCUUGAUCUCUGGUUAGAAAGUUGAAAUCGAAAUAUCUCCAUAUUUACAUCUAAAACAUAUUCCAAUAAUCAACUCAAGAUUAUAUACAUGCUACGAAACCAUAGUUUCAAUGCAGCCAUGUCGGCACACCAAACUAUCAUAUUAUAUAAAAUGAUUUUUUAAUAUUAUUGAAUAUUUGUUUAACGUUCUUUUUCUCAGACAUCAAAUUUCCUGUAACUAGAAAAUCAAGAAUGGAAUAUGGGUGAUUAGAUGUGCGACUCAAAAAAUCAAAGAUCAAUAUGUAAUGAUUUGUUAAUUGCAACUUCUAGAAAUUCAAUAUAUUUGUGGCAUUAAUUAUUUGCCACUCAGAAGAUUCGCAUCUAUGAGAAGAAAACCAAACCAAUGAUUAGCCAAUUUGACAUUGUCUUCUAUAUUUAAAUCUGAAAUAUCAACUUGGUUAUUUGUAUCCUGAAUUUUUGCUUCAUGUUCAUUGUUAUUUUAUCCAAUGAAAAAAGAAAUGUGACAAGUUGCGCUCACAGUCUUAUUUGAAAGUUCUCUGUCCACUUGUUAUUAUCUGUUACUUAAAAGUACACAUCUCUAAUAAGUUCAAUUUAAUAAUAAGAAAAGAGUAUUAUGAUAAUAAUACGUUUUGAUUUUUCAGCAGACAUAUAUUAUUUUCAUAUAAGUAAGAACAGAGCAUUUCUUUUGCUGGAGAGCUCGAUGUGAGUUAAGUUAACUAACCCAUGGGACAAGCUGAUAAGUCAAACAACAUACAUGAGAAAAAAAUGAAGAAAGAUUACACUAAGAGUCACUUUUCUACUUUAUUAUUAUACUAGAUAAAAAUCUGCGGCGUAGCCCGGAGUAUUACAACACGAAAUUUCUUUUGUUAGGUAUCAAAAUCAGAAAAGCUUGAAAUUUAUACAAUAUAAAGCCUUUGUGUUUAUAAAAGUCUAAGCAACAGUCAGCAAACUAUUAGCCAUCGGGAAAGUUCUAAAGCCUUUGUGUUUUCCUCUUUGGUACUCAUGAAUUGAUGCAGUUAGCGAUCCAACCAUUUUCUUCAGAUAUUUCUCUGAUUAAAAUUUCUAGUUGUUUGUUCACUAAUUUUUUUUUAUCUUUGGUCACAUUUUGUGUUACCUUCUGUUAGGAACAAAGUUUGAAAAGCAUACCAUACGGAAUUAUUUAUGUUUCUACGCUUAUAAAUUGUAUUAGUAGUUAUUUAUAACUAAUGUUAAUACUUGAUUGUUAGAUUAACUUCUUAUCUACAACUUUGAAAUAAAAAAUUGAAGUGUUUCAUGAUGGUUUCUCUGAGAUGAAACAUAAAAGGGAAAAUCAUUGGUCUCUUCAUCUUGUAUAUUGUGCUACACAUACAUUGUGUAAAUAUUAUAAAUACUCUGAAGUUGUAAACAUAAACCACCAUGGAAAGUUUAGUAACAAUAUAAAGUAUGUAAACAAACUAAAGUAUUCUUUCCUCAAUAUAUGUUGGCGCCAACAACAAAGUUGAAGGACUUGCAGUGUGGCUGCGAUCUCCCUGACCAAAUACAAAUAAGCUCACUUAUUUUGAAGUUGGUCAUGCAAGCUUAGCUCUACUCUGUUUGGAAAGAGCGGAAUCAUCGAUUUCACUCAUCGCUAUCUCAACCAACAACGUAAGGGAUGGGCCUUCAUUUGAAAAUCUCCCAAACAAUGAGAGCUUAGCUAUAUCUUUUUCCCCCGAGUUAUACCGUCUAACGAUUAAGAAAGUUUAUUACUCUCUACAUAGCAAUGUUUGGUAAAAGAAAAUUUAAUUUAAACCGAACUAAUUGACUAAAACUGAGACAGUAAAAAAUUUAAGGCUUGUUUGUUUCUCCAUCUGGAUAAGUCAUCUAGAUGAAAAUGAGAGAUUUGUUUGUUUAUGUAUUAAAAGUACAAUUCAUUCAGAUGGAUCAUCCAAAUGACUUUUGAACUAAUUGACUAAAACUGAAACAGUAAAAAAUUUAGGGCUUGUUUGUUUCUCCAUUUGGAUGAGUCAUCUAGAUGAAAAUGAGAGUUUUGUUUGUUUAUGCACUAAAAGUACAAUUCAUUUAGAUGAAUCAUCCAAAUGACUUUUGAACUAAUUGACUAAAUGAUAUCUCAUGAUUUUAAUGAAUUUUAGAUUCAUAUUUAAGUUUAAUAUGAUCAUUUUAGAUUGCAUUUAGGUCUUUAUGUUGCAUUUGCAUACUCAUUUGCAUAUCAUAGGGGUUGGAUUGCACAAAUGGAAGUUUGGAGCCAAAAUGUGAGGUUGUUCUUGUGUAUUCAAGACUUUGUGGCUGAUUUGGAAACCAACAAAAGUCCAGGGACCAAUGAUGUGAAUUCAGAAUAUUCGAUUGGGCUAGAUUGCAACAUUAAAAUGUUUGGGGCUGAAUCAAGAGGAUGUUUCUGCAAUUAUAAUAGUUUUGGGUCAAGUCGUAUUUAUCCAAAAGGUGAAGGGCCAGAUGUGCAAAAACUCCAAAAUCCACCAUUGUUGCACGAGCUUCUUCCUCCGUGACGAGCAGACUGAAGCGACGACUCCCGACGGCGAUUCCGGAGCCUCCAUGGCGGAUCCUGGCGAGGAAGAAGGAGUUUGUGGUGGUUCGUGGCGAAGUGAGACGAGCCGCGGCGGAGAUUCUGAGCACGGCCACGGGAGAUAGAGAGGCCGUGAGCCAGUGACGACAAAGGAGACGACGGCUGAAGCUUGAGACGAGGAAGGCAAGAAUCGAGCAUGAACCACAACGGCUUGACAGUACGGGUCGAUGAAAUCACUGUAUCUCGGACGCACCUUGGAGCGGACCUGCAACGCGGGAAGAAGAAGCCGCGCGCACUUGGACAAACUCGAUGUCAGUAUCAGAGCGGCUUAGUGAAACGGGUUGCGUUACCCGCUCGGAGAAGACAAAGAAGCGAUUUCAAGAUGUGUUGACCGGUUUAAUCCGGUUUGACCCGGUUUAAUUCAACUGAACCAGACGAGUUUAGACCUCUUAUAAAUAGUUUUAGCCUCCAAAAACCCUAAUUUAUCUCAUUUUCUCUCAAGACUUUGUCUAAACUUGUAAAAGCUUGAAUCUUUCUAUAAUUUAAGGAAGUACUUCAUCUUAUAAUUGUGUUUCUCUUGCUCAUUAACAUGAUUAGCUUUGAUCCUUACAUGGGUUUAAGGUUUCUCAUGGAGAUUAUUGAGUAGACACAUUUUGGAUUCAUGGGUUAAGGUAGAUUAGGGUGAUUAAGCUAGAUCUAAAGUAUUUUAGUAUAGAUCCAUCUUGUUCCUUGCUAGUAGAGUGCUUUUAAUGCAACUCUAGAGUUGGCCUCUCUAAAGUUGAGCUCUAGGCAUUUCAUACCCGGAAGGUGUUUGAUGAAAUGCCUGAACCAAUUCUCCUAAGCUUUUAACAUCCUUUACCAAAGGGAUUUGUUGUUAAAGGUGUUAAGAUGGCUAGUAGACUUGAGAUUAAUGAUUACUUAGAUAACAUUCAACCAAAGGGAUUUGAUGCUUGAGUUAUCUAGGUAAAUGGGCAUUCAUCUAGGGAUAGAGUUUGUUUAGGAUUGUGUCUAGGCCUAAGGUAGAUAGAUUGGUUGAAAGUUGACACCUUUAGAUUGAAACUUGAUCACCUUAUAUCAAUUAUCCUCACCCAUGAAUCCAUCCUUAGCAUUUGAAAGUUCUUGCACUUAUUUCUUGAUUGGAUUUGAGAUCACCUUGUUUAUAUUUCUAGGAUCUUAGCUUGUUACAAAUCAUCCAUCUUCUUGUUUGCUUAGAUUAAGAAAGCUUGUGUAUCCUUGGUGUUAUAGGUCACUAGUUCCUUGUGGAUUCGAUCCUAAAAUGCUACAAUGACAUACCAUUCGAUUGUGGUAUUGUUGGCACAUUAGGUUAAUUGGUGUGUGCUUAAACGCGUAAUCAAUUUGGCGCCGUUGCCGGAGAACUAGUAGAUUUAUCAUUAGGAUUUCAAUCUUUCUUGAGACUUAGCUUUAUUUUCUUGCUUUGUUUUUCUUUUGCAUAGUUACUAACCUUUACUUCUAGCUUUUGUUCUUGAGUGAUGGCUUCAAGCUGUUUUGAGAAGCCACAAGAAGAGGAAGAUCACAUCGAAGAUGAGCCAUAUGUGUAUGUGGAGCCACCACCCUUUGAUGCAAGUAUACUCACACCAGCAUAGCAUGUGACGUUAAAUGAGCUUCAGAAGAAGUACCCGGGGUCAGCAAAGACAUCCCUAGCACGAAGGAUCCGGGUGGAGCUUAUUAAGGAUCAAGCAGAGCUUGAAGGAAGGGAGGUUACACAGUAUGAGUUCAAUGUUGCUUAUGACCUUAAAGAGGUAAUGUAUUGGGUUCCACCAUCCCAGCUGGAAGGUACAAGAAUUUCCACUCUAGAACUUCAACUUGAGGAACUUUGCUUGCCUUAUGGUGAGAAUAUUGCCCAUGAUCUUGAUUCUCUUGUGCUCAUAAAUGAAUGUCUUGAUCUAAUAUGUGAAACUAGGAAGCUAGAUGAGUUGAGAAUAGAAAAGCUUGCUAGAGAUCAUAUUGAAGUUUGUUUUGACAAGAACUAUCUUUGUGCUUCAAUUGAUCUUGAGUAUGAGUUUUUGAUGCUUAAUGAACCUAGACCUCUUCUUGAACUUGCUGAUUUAGGGGAUGAACUUGAUGUGGAUAUGCUUUUGCUUAGGAUAGAAAACCCCUUUGUCAAAAAUUAUCAUGAGAAUGUGAGCAUUGUGUAUUACUUGAUUGAUGGAGAUAGAGUUGACUACUUUGUUAAAACCUUGUUUGAGCCUGUAGUUGACUGUGUGUUUCCACCAUAUGCAUUUGAUUCUCAUGACCAUCUGAACCUCAAGGAGCAUUUCAUAAUUCAUGUCACAUCUUUAGUGAAGCUCUUUGAGGAAAAAUCUGUCUAUUUUCUAUGGAUAGUAGUGUGCUCCUUUGCAUACUUGGUUCCUUGUUCUUGUAGGAGAAGGACCAAAGGUGCAUUGGCUCAACCUUUUGAUACCUAUGAUUAACAAGCACACAAAGUCAAGCUAGAGACUUAAAACAAGCUCACUUGGGAGGAAAUCUCAUGUUUAUCCAUUGUAUAUAUAUAUUUUUUUUAUCUUCUCUUUUUAGGUUAUUUAAUAAGCAUGGUUGAGAUUUUUCAGGUCAAGUCUUACUUGCCUUGGCUGAUGUGAAGCAUUGUGACUCUAGACACUUGCCUUCUCCCCUUCAGUCCAUGUCCAUGGUGAAACAAACCCGAGGCCAAGGGUCCGCUACCACCCAAUUCAGCCAAUAACUCCAAGUAAGUGUCACUCCAACCUUGUACAUAUUUACUUUUCAUGUUUAUUUCUUUCCCUUGGAUCUCUUCUUUGAGCUUACUCUCACACAAGGGACUGUGUGAAGUAAGUUUGGGGGAGAGUCUACUAUCUCACAUCAUUUUCGGUUUUGUUUACUUGCCAUGAGUCUCAUGCAUUGCAUUGUGAAUACUUAUUUGCAUAGAAAAUUCAUAAAAAUUUGAUUUUUUUAAAAAAUCUUCAUGUAGUUUCACUUGAUCCAUUUGCAUCUUUAGGAUUGAGUCUAGAAGCAUUUAGAUUGCAUUCAUGCAUUGGAAGAAACCUUGUAAAGAACACAUGUCUAGAACUCAAUAUGACAUCCUAGCUAAACAUAUCAAGUAGCUUAAGCAUCUCUUGAAAAAGCUUGUAAGCUUCGAGCCUUGAAAACUCUUCUUGAAACAUGUUGUUUGCUUGAUGAUUGGCAUUGUUCUUGAAACCAACUCCAAAUGAACUAGGGCUUAAUGAACUUAAUCUCUCUUGCAUAUGGGCAUUUGCAUACUUGAUCAUGGAUAUUAUACACAUUUGGGUUAUCUUUCUCUCUUUGUACCAAUCUUUGUUAACCCAAAUGUCACUUCCAUACCUAUUAACCUUCACCAUUCUUUGAAGCCAACAUUAAUUUGCUUCAGUGAGGCCUUUUAUUGAUAGCAUGUCAUGUGCAAAAUUUUGAGAGUAUUAGGAGCGACAAUGAGUUGUUCUCAUCUUUGGCUAGCAUUAGGACCUCAUUUAGGCUAGCCUCUAGGAUGGUUGUUGAGUUUGUGAGCUUAAAUUCUUUUGAUCUUGGGAUUGGGAUGUGAGUGAAAGUGAAAAGAAAUGAACCAAAAAGAGUGAGAAAAGGAAAGGAAGCCACUAGGGAUCUAAAAAAAAAAAAAAAAAACUCUUGUGUUUAUAAAUAGAAUCCCCUUUAGAAUUAAAAAAAAAAACAUGAAAAGAGUAGGGAAAAGAAAAAAUAAAAGA